AUGCCACUACUCAACUCUCACCUGGAGCAAAUCGCUCUUUCAUCAAGUGCUAUCGCUGACCUACCGUCUGUUCCCUACCCAAUUCCCCGAUUCCCUCCGCCCCGCAUCUUCACGAACGCGCUAUUAGGCUCGCACGAUAUCACCGCCUUGAUUCGCGAUACUGAGGUCCAUGAAAGAGCACUUUUCCAGGUUGAUCCUUCAGCGAAGGCUCAAGGCGCACAACGACGUGCCACCCGGCGCGGGACAACAUUCCCUGCGGAGUCCGAGACCGAAUCGAUGGCUAGCCGUAUCUACUCCGCCCGGAACAACCGCAACCAGUCAGCCGUUGCUCGAGUUUUGGGCUCUGAUAUGAUGGAAGAAAUCAAGCGGUCUGCAGGCACAUCCUCCAGGGGACCACGAGGAGAAGUCAACAUUGAAGUCUUGCUCCGGGGAGCAGAGAUUCUAUGCAAUGUCUAUCCUGUUGAAGGUGCACAGGAGAAGAUCGCUAGCUUGCGGUACCGCCAUGAGAUUAUUGCCGAGUCGAUUGCGCGACUAGAAGACCGUGUUGCUGCCAAUACCGCCGAGCUGGAGCAGAUGCGCCACUCAUACGGAGACAAUGAGGAUGACUAUGCUUCCAUGCCUGCUCCACAACUAGACACUCCCCAUGUUACCGAUGAGGACAUUGAACGUGAACUGGCUGAGAUCAGAGAACUGGAGCGGAGGAAACGUGUGCUGGAGGCGCGAGUCACUGGCAUGGACCGCGAUCUUGGAGGACUCAUGGGCUGA